AGUUUCGGCCGUUCCGAGGAGCUGGGCGCUCAAUUAGAGCUAACUCUCUCCCGCGCGCGCGCGCGAUGGCGGACUCCCUGCCGACGGGGAUGCCUGCCGUGAGGGAGGACCAGGCCUGCGAGAGCCAGCACUGCGGGGGCAGCAGCGCCUCCUGCGGGUCCUGGUCCGGGGACAUGGUGGCGCCCGCGCCCUCCUGCCGGCUCGACGGCGGAGCGCCCUCGUUGGUCAGCGGCGGGGAGCCCUCUCCCGCCGACAACCCCGGCGAGCGGGCCGCCCUGGACGACGCGGAGGCCGCGGCGGCCGCCUCGGCCGCUCCCCCCGUGGAGUGGUACCCCUGCGGGUCCAUGGAGCUGGACGCCGUGGCCGCGCAGGAGGUGAUGAUGCGCGCGGAGGCGGAGCGGGCCUCGACGUGCGGCAGCGGCGCCUCCACCCCUGGGCUGCGGAGCCGCGGCGCCAGCCGCGCUUCCACGCCAGGGCGCGGCGGCAGCCGCGCCGCCACGCCGGCGCUGUGCGAUGUGGCCAUGAGCCUCGAGAGCUUUUUGGAGGAGGAGGUCCCGGCGUUCCCAUUCUCUAAGGGCGCCACUCCACAGGGCGCCAACUGCCAGUGAGCCGAGGUCCGGUAGUCUUGCCGUAGUUUGAGGCUUCUGCUCGUACCUGAGCGCUGCUUCCAGGUGUGCUUCGCCCGUCUGAACAGGACGGGCCUGGGGCACGAGGCAAGGCUGCUGUCUGACCUGCUGGGAAUGACGGGACUUGUGUUCUCCGUGGGGGAAGGAGGACGGUACGCUACCGCGAUGAGCGUGCGCCCCAGGAAGGCGGGGAGGCCACACGGGCUCCUGACCGGGGCUGGGCAAGCGGCAGGUGGUGGCGCAGGCGUCUCCUCGAAAUGCCCUCCUUGGCACACCAGGUCUCUCGAGAAGCUCCAGGCUUGUGCCGAGGGGGGCAGGGCGGGGGCCAGCACACGGCCCCCCUUCCAUGGCGCCGCCGCGGCGCGGCCUCGAGAGCACGGCGUCUUUUCCGCCCCGACGACCGCCGCCGCAGCGCCGGCGCAGCGGUACGCCUGCGGUGCAGUCCCAGGGGCCAGGGGGGGCCUCCGAUCUGCAGGGCCAAUACGCCGGCAGAUGCUCCCCUGGAGGACACGGCGUGCCACAGCAGGUCCUCGGGCCUCCCGUCCCGGCCUUUGCGAGCCCAGGCCCGCGAGCCGCGCGCCACGGGCCGCCGAGCGCCGGGCCCGCGGGCCCGCGGGGCCGCCCUGGGGCGCCCAGGGGCUCGCGGCGAGGGGCCCCGGGCUCGAGAGCCGGCCGGGGCGUGGGCGGGGCCGGCGGCGCGGCAUGUACACCUCUGGCCUUCUCGACCCGCGUGGGCGGGGGGGGCCUCUGCGCCCGGCUCUCUGCGCCCGCCUCCUGCGCCCACUCCUCGUC